AUGGCUACUAAACGUCGUCAGUUUGGACUACGUGCACAAACCAUUUACGGACAACUGUCCGACUUCAAUCAGACAAUAAACGGACAACUGCCCGACUUCAAUCAGACCAUAAACGGACAACUGCCCGACUUCAAUCAGACCAUAAACGGACAACUGCCCGACUUCAAUCAGACCAUAAACGGACAACUGCCCGACUUCAAUCAGACCAUAAACGGACAACUGCCGGACUUCAAUCAGACCAUAAACGGACAACUGCCCGACUUCAAUCAGACCAUAAACGGACAACUGCCCGACUUCUGUCAGACCAUAAACGGACAACUGCCCGACUUCAAUCAGACCAUAAACGGACAACUGCCCGACUGCAAUCAGACCAUAAACGGACAACUGCCCGACUGCAAUCAGACCAUAUACGGACAACUGCCCGACUGCAAUCAGAGGUAUGGGGAUAAUUGCGAUUGUUCCGACUUGCUCCGACAAGGGUUUACUGCUAAUGGUGUUUACACCAUCUACCCAUCGACUCUCUGGCGACCACUUCAAGUUUACUGCGAUCAAACGACGGCUGGGGGUGGCUGGACUGUGAUUCAACGGAGACAAGACGGUUCAGAAAACUUCACCAGGCCCGCGAUCGAUUAUGCCUAUGGAUUCGGGACCCUGAGCGAUGAAUUCUGGCUGGGGAAUGAGUUCAUACAUCGACUUACUUCAACAGUACCCAAUGAGCUGAGAAUAGAGUUGCAGGAUUUUGAAAACGACUAUCGCGAGGCUCAGUACGGACGCUUCGUUGUGGGACCAGAAUCCGAUCUGUAUAGAUCAACGAUUUCAUUCUUCAGAGGGAACGUAACAGAUUCUUUGAUUUCUGAGCUCAACAACAAGCAGUUUUCCACUGUCGAUAACGGUCCAUCACGAACCUGUGCAAAGGAUUACAAAGGCGGUUUCUGGUACGGCACGUGUCAUAAUGUGAACAUUAACGGGUUAUAUCUUAAAGGGAAACACGGAACAUACGCUGACGGUGUUAUCUGGAAGGAUUUUAAGGGAUAUCAUUACUCACUCAAAUUCACCGAGAUGAAAAUCAGACCUCAUUAA